AAAAUUGUGAACAAUAUUAACUAUUCUAAAAAAAACAAAGCGACAAUUAUACCGAAGUGAACAUUCGUCCCCACCUCACAAAUAUAAAUCAUAAUAUCUCAGGAAAUAUAAAUUAGAAAAAUGAAUAACUCGAGUGAAGAUAUGAAUUUAUUUGAAAUAUAGAAAAUCCAAGUCUCCAAUGCACAGUAACAGUAGGCCCUGAGACAAAAAGAAGAAGAUUAACAGCUGCUGACUAUAUAAUCCAAAUGCAAAACUCGAAACUGCUUUGCUUCUGAUCAUCAUCGAUAACAUUCACCCAAUUCUGCCCUCUCAAUUUGUGCUGAAUGCAUAACCAGGUUGCAGUGUCCCUCAAAUCCAAUUAUGCCCUCUUUUCUUCCUACCCAAACUCCCUCCAAAACCCUAAAUCUUAUCCAUCGCCACCCAAGCGCCGUUUCCAUUACUAUUCGGUGUUGAAAUGUAGAGGAAUCGAGAUCCCGCCGGUCACCAAGCAGCGUUUCGCUUCUCUCAGCAUCGGCGGCGGCUCCGUGGACGAUGAGAGGAUUAAAUCCGUUGGAGUUAAGGAAAUCGACGUCGCAACGCUUGGGAAUUUGUGUGUUGAUAUAGUGCUCAGUGUUCCCAAGUUGCCGCCGAAACCCUUAGAUGAACGCAAAGCCUAUAUGGAUGAGUUGUCCAAGUCGCCUCCUGAUAAGAAAUACUGGGAAGCUGGUGGCAAUUGCAAUAUGGCCAUAGCAGCAGCUAGAUUAGGACUUAACGUCGUUACAAUUGGACAUGUUGGGGAUGAAAUCUAUGGUCGUUUCCUCUUUGAUGUACUCCAUGAUGAAGGAAUUGGUAUGGUUGAAAUGAACGAACAGAAAAGUGUUGCGAAUCUGAAAGAUUACGAAACCCUUCUGUGCUGGGUUUUAGUGGACCCCAUGCAAAGGCAUGGUUUUUGCAGCCGUGCAGAUUUCAGUGAGGAACCUGCAUUUAGUUGGAUGAGCACUCUUUCUAUAGAGGCAAAGAUGGCUAUAAGAAGGUCAAAGAUCGUUUUUUGCAAUGGUUAUGGAUUUGAUGAACUUUCGCCUCGUCUACUUGUGUCUGCUCUAGAUUAUGCUGUUGAAGUGGGUACAUCAGUCUUUUUUGACCCUGGGCCACGAGGGAAAUCUCUGAAAACUGGAACGCUCGAAGAACAAAAAGCCCUUGAAAAGUACUUGAGGAUGAGUGAUGUUCUUCUAUUAACUUCUGAAGAGGCUGAAUCAUUGACUGGCAUUGAGGACCCUAUAUUAGCAGGUCAAGAGUUGCUCAAGGAAGGAAGUCGGACUAAGUGGGUGAUUAUUAAAAUGGGUCCAAGAGGUUCUAUAUUGAUCACCCCUUCAAGUAUCUCCUGCGCCCCUGCAUUUAAGGUUGAUGUCAUGGACACUGUUGGAUGUGGAGACAGUUUCGUGGCUGCCAUUGCAUUUGGUUUUAUACACAAAAUGCCUCUGGUCUAUACAUUGACCAUUGCAAAUGCUGUAGGUGCUGCAACUGCUAUGGGUUGUGGUGCUGGUAGAAAUGUCGCUGCACUGAAUCAGGUCAUGGAACUUGUCAAAGGAUCAAACCUCAACGAAGACAACCAGUUCUGGGAGGACUUGCUUAAGGUGCAUUCGGAUGCCGAGAAGAUCACACUGCUCACAAAAGUUGGUGUAAAUGGAAAUAGUAGUCCCGUUCAACCUGCCUCCUUGCAGAAGGUAGUCUCUGAACUGAUACCCAAGCUUGAACGCGCAGAGAGAAAGCAGGUCGGAACAUGUUGAUAUGCAGGAUGGAUUUCUCAUUUGAAACAAGGUGUUGUGUGGAAAUCACAAGGCCUCGGUGUUACACUCUGGACAACCAGCUCAACUGAAAACACUGGGGAUUCAGGGAAUUUUUGCAUCAAAAUAGAGUUAGAUUUUUAUAACUGUGUCUCAUUUUUAACUGUGCAUUUCGAUUAGACCCAUCUUAGUACAGCUUGCUUCCAUAUCAAAUUUCUGAAAUUAAUGGCUAGGGUGUAAUAUGGUGAUUGCAUGAAUUUUAUAUUACCAAUUUAAAUGGAAUGACUUAUUUAUUUCAAA